AUGGACUCCUCUCAGACUAUCGCGGUCGACGAGACAAUCGAAGACUACUCAGACACUGAAUCGGCCUAUGGCUCGAUGAGGAGCGAGUACUCGGCGAAUUCUCUCAACUCUUCAAUCUACGACUACCGAUAUGAGAACGGACGUCGGUACCAAGCACGGAAAGCAGGAGAAUACUUGCUUCCCAAUGAUGAAGUUGAACAAGAAAGGCUGGAUAUUAUACACCACAUAUACCUUCUCGUAUUGGACGACAAGUUAACCCUCACACCAAUCGACAAUCCGCAACGAAUUCUGGACAUCGGGACCGGCACCGGCAUUUGGGCGAUUGAUGCAGCAGAGAGAUACCCAUCGGCACAAGUAAUUGGCACGGACCUGAGUGCUAUUCAACCAUCUUGGGUACCGAACGUGGACUUUCAUAUCGACGAUGCAGAGCUGGACUGGACAUACGAGAAGGACUCGUUCGACCUCGUCCAUAUCCGCCACUUGUCCGGAGGAAUCAAGGACUGGAGCCAUGUCCUAAAACAGGCAUAUGAUGUAUGUAAGCCUGGAGGCUGGGUCGAAGUGAUUGACUAUGAAAUGUCUAUCUAUAGCGAUGAUGGGACAACCGAUAAGCCAAUGGCGCUUCACCGGUACUAUGAUCUGGUCUACCAAGCGGCGGUCAAAAAUGGUCGAGAUUUUUCGCUCGUCACAAAAAUGAUGCCAAUGCUGGAGGAGCCGGGUUUCGUUAAUGGCUCACACCAAAUAUUCAAGGUUCCGCUUGGUACCUGGCCGGCCGACAAGAAGCAGAAGGAGAUUGGUGCCUAUGUGUUGCUUUCUGCGGAGAGCGGGUUCGAGGCAUUUGGAAUCGACUUGUUCACAAAUGUUCUGGAGAUGAGUCCGGACGAGUCUACGACAUUGAUAAAAGAUUGCAUACAGCUUGCAAGGAGCCGGAAUAUUCACAGUUAUUCUUUACAUCAUUUUUACUACGCGCAGAAGCCACUUGAGUCUGCGGUGGCGGGUAGAACUUAA